AUGGGAGUGGGUAUAGUUAUUCGAGAUGAAGGAGGAAGGUUCGUGGCAGCAAAGAUGAAAGUUGUCCCCUACAUCGUGGACCCUAACGCUGCUGGAACAAUAGCCGCUUGGAGUGCGGUGCAGUUUGGCCGAGAAAUGGGGGCUAAUCGAAUUGUUUUGGAGGGAGAUUCAAUGGUGGUAGUCUCGGCUUUGCGUGCAUCGGAGUCUUGCGAUCGGCUUUUUGGUCAAUUGAUCGAUAAUAUUAAGUCAUAUUUUUCUCAUUUUUCUCCCGUGAAAGUGAAUCAUGUCCGUAGAGAAGCAAAUGUGGCUGCUCAUGUAAUGGCUAAAAUGGCGAUUUCCAAUCUGUUGAACCACUCUUGGGUGGGGGAGUGUCCUCGUUUCAUUCAAGAUGUUGUGGCAGCAGAAUGUAAUUUUUCUGAUUGA